CUAAGAUUGUUGUGGGAACUGCAGGAGUCCAUCAGCAAGAAGGGGAGAGUCUCAAUCUGGUGCAGAGAAACGUUAAUGUCUUCAAAUUCAUUAUUCCUCAGAUCGUCAAGUACGGUCCUGAUUGCAUCAUAAUUGUGGUUUCCAACCCAGUGGACAUUCUUACAUAUGUUACCUGGAAACUGAGUGGGUUACCCAAACACAGUGUGAUUGGAAGUGGAUGUAAUCUGGAUUCUGCAAGAUUUCGCUACCUUACGGCUGAAAAACUUGGCAUUCAUCCCAGCAGCUGCCAUGGAUGGAUUUUGGGGGAACAUGGCGACUCAAGUGUGGCUGCGUGGAGUGGUGUGAAUGUGGCAGGUGUUUCUCUUCAGGAAUUGAAUCCAGAAAUGGGAACUGACAAUGAUAGUGAAAAUUGGAAGUAAGUGCAAAAGAUGGUGGUUGAAAGUGCCUAUGAAGUCAUCAAGCUAAAAGGAUAUACCAACUGGGCUACUGGAUUAAGUGUGGCUGAUCUUAUCGAAUCCAUGUUGAAAAAUCUAUCCAGGAUUCAUCCCAUAUCAACAAUAGUAACGGGGAUGUAUGGCAUCGAGAAUGAAGUCUUCCUGAGCCUUCCAUGUAUCCUCAAUGCCCACAGAUUAACCAGCGUUAUCAACCAGAAGCUCAGGGAUGAUGAGGUUGCUCAGCUCAAGAAAAGUGCAGAUACCCUGUGGGACAUCCAGAAGGACCUAAAAGACCUGUGACUACUGAGCCCUAGGCUGUAGAAGUUUAAAAACUACAAUGUGAUUAACUCUGAGCCUUUAGUUUUCAUCCAUGUACAUGAAUCGCAGUUUGCUCUGAUCUUCAAUAUGUCAAUUUGGGCUCACAGAAUCAAAGCCUAUGCUUGGUUUAAUGCUUGCAAUAUGAGUUCUUGAAAAAAUAAAAUUAACUAUUGCAGUGUGGGAAAAAAAUCAAACAAACAAAC